GCCAAUGGGCGGCCGGAGACGGUUUAAAUGUACAAGGGUCCAGGGCUAUGGCAGUGGACUGACAACAAACUGAUUAAUUGUGACUCCGAUGUGACUGAGCUAUUAGUGUUUCUUACUUCGCAUUUGUUGUGUGUCCUGUCGAAGGAGAGAGAAUUUCUAUUCCGUACCGCUGGAGAUGGAGGAGCAGGACGAGAGAGAUUGGAUUACUGUUGCCAAUAAUCUUCUUCGCAAGUGCUGUAUUAAUCAGAGGGUGACAAAGCUUUGUGAAUGUGAUGCAGGUGUAUUUAUUGCCCUUUACGAAGCCAUUCUUGGUGAAAAGGUCCCAGAUUACAUAGCUACUCCCAAAAGUCAGGAAGAUGAUGUCCAUAAUGUACAGGCAGUGAUAGAUUCAUUGGCUUUGGACUACUUACAGAUCAGUUUGUCGCAUAUAACUGGAGAGAAUAUUAUUCAGAAUGACAAAGAAAGUAUACGGAAUCUGUUAGAAAUCUUUGAUGGUUUGCUAGAAUAUCUCACAGAACAGAUAAGUGAGGCUUCCUCUCAGCACGGUGAUCCUGAUUUGCUGUCCAGUGAAGCAAUAUCUGUAAUAAGAAGUGUACUUCAAGAAGAACUUGGGGACUUGUACAAAGAGAGGGUACCUGAUCCAGGAGCACAUUCAUCAAAAGUCUCAUCAUCAUCUGCUACUACCUGGGAUGGAGCUGGAUCUGAAUCCACCAAUGAGCUUAUCCGGCUUGGUGAAUCUGCUUGUACAUACAGCCAUAGAAAGAGUGCAGACCUGUCUGAAUAUCAUCAGAAUGUCAAGCAAUCAGAACAAAAGUUAGAAAUAUUGGACCAAGGGAAAAAUGGAACUUGCUCCUUUCCUCUUGGUUCUGCAUCUGUACCUGACACUAAUGGGGAAGAAAUGAUGAAACCAGGAAGAUCUGUUGAUAAUCUGCCUUCCAUAGAUCAUUCCACUGGAUCAAUCACUAAUGCUCUGAAACUUGGGGAGCCCAUUCGACCUGCCAUUCCCUUGCAGUCUCCUUACCACCCUCCUGAAUAUAGGUCUACAGUCCAAGGUGCACAUCUAAUCGGUUAUCAGUCUAUCUCUGAUACAAUGUUAAUGGUUAGUCAGAAAGACCAACCCACUAUUCAGAGAAGGACUCCAGUUCUUGCAAGAGAGCAGAAAGUCAAACAAAUAACCACUGUCCAUAAUGCUCCAGAUGCGCAUGAAAACAUUCCUUCAGAGAUGACACCAUCAAGGUUAUCCCCAGAUUCCGUAAAAGUAGUGGCACCGCAGGAGUCACAAUUUGCAAGACAUGGAGCAACGAAGCACCAAGAAUCACAGAACAUUGCAGAAACAACUAUAGCAAACUCUGACAACGUACAGAAACGUGUUGCCUUUCAAACCCAGCCGGACAUCAGAUUAAUGACCAUGCAGAGUAAAACUGACCAGUGGGAUUCAGUCUUGGAGGAACAUGGGGAGACUAACCAUUGGGAGUCCUCAUGCAACCAACGUGACUUCAGGAAUGAGGAUAGUUCCCUUUCACUUAGCCAUAGAGAUCGAGGUGAUGUAUGCACUUUAUUUGGAGAUGAACCUCUACCUCGCCGAAGAAUAAGGAAUAUUCUUGCAGAGGAGGAGCUGCAUGAGAUGUCUGAGCAGCUGUCUCAAAAGUUGCACCAACUUGAUAUGAUGCUGAAACAAGCCCUGGGUGAGAAUUAUGAUGCUCAUAAUUUCAAAGAAGAAGAUAAAUUGUCUCAACACAGUGACAGUAUCACAGAAUAUAGAAGAGCUCAGCAUUUGCCUGCAAAACAAACCAGGAAGCCAGCACGUGCCCGCUCUCUUUCUCCAUCACCACCACGACGUACUCUACAAGCUGAGUUUGAAGAUGCUGUCAAUAAAGACUCGAAGGGACAGAUGAGGAAAAUUCGUAGAGAGUUGCAAAAAGAAAUGGACCAGCAGAGGAUGAAAGCAAAGGCAGUGAGUGACUCUUACAAAAAAGAACUGGAGAACUACAAAAUGAAGGAGAAAUCUAAAAUUGAAAAAGAGAAAAAAAGUGUCAAGAAAGCAGAACAAGAAUGUAAAGAAAAUAUCUUCAAAGAAACUCCAAAAACUCCACAGCCAGCAAAAGUUUAUUCUGCAAAAACCACACCGCAAAAGCAGAAGCACAGCCAGUGGACACGUACAGGAGUGACAAAGCCAAGGAAAGCAACUCCUAUGAAGAUACAAGAUAAUGACCUUCUGCCUUUAUUAUUGGAAGAGUUUCCUUAUCUGCCACUCUCUCCACAUGCUAUGAAUAGGAUGUGGAAGCAGCAGUUUAAGCAAAUAGAACAGUUGAUCAAGUCUGGUCUUGAUGGGGACCGGAGCCAAGCCAAGCUGCAGUCAGCAAUUGAAGAAGCCCAGAAAAAGCAUGAUCUCUUAAUUAAUAUCAUUAAAAAGGAACAGGAACAUAAUCUGCGUCUGAAAGAGUUCAAGGAACGAAUUCGGCAGCAGAAAUCUGCCCAGAACAAGAUGAAGGAGCGAAGGCAGCAAAUUGCCCGUGCCAAGAAAUACUAUAACGAUUACCACGUUCAACUGCGUGCAAAAAUGAUGCGAGCAAGGACUCGAGAAGAAAGAAUUUUUAAAACCCUGUUUGAAGAAGGUUUGGAGAUUCAGAAACAGAGAUUACGUGAAUUGAAGACUUACACCAAAGAGAAACGUCAGGAGUAUAAGAAACGACAAAAGGAAGAGUUGCAGUCAAUGGAGAAUUACUAUAGAGAUCAGUUUUUAAUGUUGGCCGAAACUCUGGCGCAGGAGCAGCAGAAAGUUAACCUUCGGGAGGCUGCACAAAACAAGGCACUCCAAAAAUGGAAGAAAGAAUUGCGUGCAAAGAUGGAAAAGGAAAUUCGUGAACUCCAGGAAAUGAUAAUACAGGAGGAUGAUGAUGUGUACUUCAGAGAAUUGGAAGCAGAGAGAAUACAGCGGCAACUCCAGAUGGCAUCUUUCCAGUACAGUAAAACACCAUUAUAAAUAUUCACUAUUGAGGAAUGAGCUCUUGGGUAUCUGAUUAAAAGAGCUCAGGUUAUCAAAGAACUAUAGUUUCCUAAACCUCAUGCAUUUAUUUAACCAGGAAAAGAAAUGGAACAGUUGUACAUAGUAGGGAAAAUUAAUUCAACUGGAGCACAGAAUCCAUAUUGAAAUCCAGACCACUCUUUUAAUGACCCUUUUGAGUUAAUUUAAGUGGGAACAGAUGAUUACUGUGUAUAGACUCUAGCUUCUGCAUCACUUUACAUUUUCCAAUGUACAAUGGUAGCUUAGGAGAUUUUAAUAUAAAUACUACUUUAAUAGUUACUCCGCUUAUCCUGAAUCAGUGAGCAGAUCUUUCUACAAUGUCAGCAUCCUGAAAUGCAGACUGGUUGUGCCUCAUGUUAAAAGAUUACUGUUAUUGCCUGCUGCUACUCAGUUCUACAUGUAUGCAUCAAUGUUUACAAGAUGGUUUGACACUAAUACUGUAAAGCUCAUUCCAUUCAAAUUAUUUUGUACAUUUUUAUCCUGUAGUGGAUUAUUGCCCACAUAUUUACAAGCGGAGGAAAGGCAGUUCUAUUGAUCUAACUUUUCUACAUGAUCAUGUCCUGAGACAAACUUAUUAAAUUUUGGCAUGCAAAAACAAA